UUGAUUUAUUUGCUAUUAAUUAGCCGAGGGGAAAUACUCUAAAUUUACAUUAGUUGUAAUAUGAAUUUUGCUGCAUUUUCGACAAAAACUGAGUUUUGACAGAUGUCUUCAUGACAAUGUCUGGUUUUCUUCACUUCCAAAGCCAGUUGGCUGAAUGUUGUCAUUGAGGGCUAUCAAAUGAUUGAAAUGCACUUUAAGAUCUUUACUCAGAAUUUUCAGGAAACAUUUUAAUUCUCAAAUACUAAAUAACAUUAAUGUGAACAAUCCCUGGAAAUACUCCUAACGCUGACAGAGAAGUGCGGUGAUGACGGUUCAGUUAAAAAAAAACAAAAAAAACAUUUAAAUCACUGGACCGCUGUAAAGGCUCUUAUUUUGAAGGUUACACCCGUACCAUCCGGCCGCGUCUCGCUAACUUUUCUCCGUAAACAGACUCGCUGGAGCCGGACGGGCCAAGCUCUCCUGGUGUUCGGCAUUCAUGUUCUGAUGUCGCUGGUCGAUUUGGGGAAGCGGCUGCUGGAGGCAGCCCGGAAAGGUCAGGAUGACGAGGUUCGAAAUUUGAUGGCCAACGGGGCGCCGUUCACCACUGACUGGCUUGGGACGUCCCCGCUCCACCUGGCCGCUCAGCACGGCCAUUACUCCACUGCCGACGUCCUGCUGAGGGCCGGUGUCAGCAGAGACGCCCGCACCAAAGUCGACCGCACCCCGCUGCAUAUGGCUGCCGCCGAGGGACACACGGUCAUCGUGGAGCUGCUGGUCCGGAACGGCGCUGACAUCAACGCCAAAGACAUGCUGAAGAUGACGGCGCUGCACUGGGCAGCACAGCAUGGGCACCACAGCGUGGCUGAAACGCUCAUCAAGCACGGCGCCGACGUACACGCGCUCAGCAAAUUCGACAAGACGCCAUUCGACAUCGCCAUGGACAUCCAGAACACGGAGCUGAUGCUGCUGCUGCAGGAGGGCAUGCAGAAUCAGGUGAAUAUGAACCAGGUGAGCAUGAAUGUGGAGACAAGCAGCACCACCAACCAACCACAGUUCAUCAUCCAGGGCAUACCUGCCAUUCAGGGGGGCGUGGUCAACCUGGCCGAGCUGCUCAACAAGGCCAAUGCAGGCGACUCUGAGGAAGCAAUGGCUGCCAGCGCUCUUGACUCCAACAUCCAGCACGCCACCGUCGUAAACGAAGGUGGUCAGAGGGUCAUCACCAUAGUAACCGACCAGCACGGAAACCUGCAGACAACAGGAGGGAUGGCGCAGCCGUUCUUCGUCACCAUGCAGCAUGGACAGCAGAUGCUUGCCGUGCCUGCCAACACCGUGACAGAGGAGGUGGUGACGGAGGAGCCGCAGCCCCCGCCCUCCAGGAAGAGGAAGCUGGAGGUGACCAACAACCACAACAACGCGGGAGAGACGGAGCUGUUGCAGAGGCAGCUGCAGGAGGCCAACAGGAAGGCGCAGGAGUACCGACAGCAGCUGCUGAGGAAGGAGCAGGAGGCAGAGGAGUACCGCAUCAAGCUGGAGGCCAUGGCCCAGAGUCAGGCUGGCACUGCCACCGCAAACACGGUGGCUGGCGCCACCAACUCUGCUGCCAGCCCCGAGGAGGUGGUGGGAGGAGAGGAGGAUGAGGAGGAGGGAGCUGGCGGCGUGGUGGAGGAGGAGGGCGAGAUGGUGGUGCUGCAGGAGGGGGGCAUCAUCAUGGAGGGAGAGGAGGGUCAAGUGACUCUGGUGGAGGCAGGGGGAGAGGCGACGGAGGUGAGCUCCUAACCGAGCGCAGCAGGCGGGAUUUGCACGCCGUACUCAUGCCCACAAAAAGACCUGAACCCGGCGUGAGACAUGCUUCAACAGGGGGCGGAGUUCGGCUCGGCGCCAUCCAGACUCCCCGGUUUAGAAACAUUUCACUUCUUUUUUUCAGCAGGGUCCAAAAUGGCUGCCGCGUGGAGGACAUUGACAACCUGAGGAGGAAGAAGGACCUCGUUUACCCUCAGCCAUUUGUUCCCCGAAUGCCGCUUUAACGUCUUUCCUCUGCCCGGCGGAGAGGAAGCUUCUUCGAAUGUUCCUUCUGUGGACCGAUUCCCGCCACUCACACCCGCUUUACCCCCUUCACCAUACAGCGGAGGGCGCUGUGAAAGGAGCCGGUUUUCCAGGAAUGCUCGGACUCUGCUGUGUUCUUCCGAUGUGACCUUGUGUUCAUGAGCUGCAGGAAGCGUUACUCUGUCUUCCUGCAACCUUUGACCUGAGCUGAACCAGCUCCAUCAUGGACUCUGUUCAUUAAUUAUGAUGUUGUUUCCAGGUGGUUUCUAAAGGGGCGGGCUAAGGUCAGGUGACUAUUGGGCAAGCUGAAGUCACAUGAUCAGCAGUGUGACACUGCCCUGCUCCAUCCUCCUCCUCUAUCUCACACUCAUCUACAUAGACGUCCUUAAAUUUGCUCUUUUAGUUCCUCCCACUUUGGUUUGUGACACUUACAUGUUUUGAUUUUUACACCAACAUCAGACACUGGUCACAUGACCUCGAGGUCACUACCGCUCAGCUGUCUCGUAAGCAAACAGCUGUUCUGUGUAAACGCUUCACAGUGAGUGUUUCCUGUUAGAAUCUUUCACUUCCUGUCAGGACAGGAAGUGCUAAACGCUAAUUCAUUCCAGGAUGCUCUAAACAGGAAAUGGAAACCUUAAUUGGAUGUGACCAGCAUCACAGGAGACAACUUAUCUUUAAACUGUCAGAAACUUAACUGCCAGGUGAAAAGUGUCAAGUAUAGCUGACCUUGCCUGAUCCUGGACACUGUUCCUCCCUGCAUUGCUCCACCGCUCACUUUUUCAUUUCAGAGACGGGGAUGUCACACCUGAGGCUGCAAGAAUGCUCCUCUGCGAGGCUCAUGUCAGCCCACUCCUGCUCCCUUAUAGAAGCCCACCUGACAGCACACCUGUCCUCCAUCACCUGCAUAACUUCAGUCAUUUUUAUACACUCAGUGAUGCCGACCUUUUCAGUGUACAUAUAAAUUUGUAUUUUUGUAAACUGUACCUUAAUGCUUCAUGAUGAUGAUGGCGGCUGCCCGUGUACCUGUGAUCUCAGGUAAACGCUUCUUCCUUUCAAUAAAAGCUUGUUUCAUAAGCUAA